AUGGCCGCAGCUGCUGCCUGCCGCACGGUUGCCGCUGCGGGGAGCUCGUCCAGUGCCGCUGCCGCUGCCGCCGCCGCUGCCGCAUCGUCAACACAGCAGCGCAGCGCAUUCCCAGGCGCACCGCUAACCGCCUCAGCCGUUGCACUUAAAGGCUCCUUGCCACAGCGUCCACCGGCCAUGACGAGCCCAGCCGCUGCUGCUGCCGGCGCUGCUUUAGCCGCCGGCGCCCCCUAUCGCGGCGCCACCAGCUGGACCCCGCAGGGCUAUGCCCCGGCCGCUGCCGCCGCCGCCGCUGCCGUGGCCCAGCAGGCCGCCUACCGCUACACGGCGCCGCUCCCCCAGCCGGCCUAUGCCGCCUAUACGCCGCACACGGCCACCACACCGGCCACAACCACG